AUGGACGUGCGAGCGAACUCUACCUCUUUGUUUCGGAAGCACCCGAACGGCCAAACCACACAUGUGGUUGUCGAUGACUAUACUGACCCCUGGACGGAGCCCGAGACGAUCCUGAUACAAAGGGGCUUCGCCAGACAUUCGGCGUUUUGGUACCACUGGAUUCCAUCCCUCGCCCGGCACUAUCGAGUCGUCCGACGGGACACUCGAGGACACGGCAGAUCGUCGGCCGCCCCAGGGCCCGGAGACGACUAUGCGUACACGGUCGACACUCUGCUCGACGAAAUCAUCGACACGCUGGACCAGCUUAACAUCUCCAAGGUCCACUUCGUCGGGGAGAGCACCUCGGACAUGCUCGAUGAAGCCUUGGCCGCCCAGUUUCCUUCCCGCCUGCGCAGUUUGACAACGAUCUCCAGCCCGACCCUUCUCCCACCCGCGGCGCUCCGGCUCUUCGCAUUUAGAUACCCGAGCCGGCCCGAGGCGUGUCGCCAGCUGGGCUCGAGGGGCUGGGGCGAGCGUCUCGCGCGGGUCCCGGGAACGCUGUCGGCAUCGGACCCCGCGUACGAGGCCUGGUGGCUGUCACAGAUCGCCGUCAGUUCAAGCGAGGGCCUUGCGGGCUAUGCUGGAUUUCUCUCCACCUUCGACGCGCGGGCGUAUCUGCCGCGGGUUUCGGUGCCCAUGUUGAUCCUUGCGCCGGCGAAGAGCGCGGCGACUACCUUGGAGGAACAGUUGGAUCUUGCGAGACAGGUCAAGGGGUCUAAGCUUGUUGUUAUCCAUGGGCGGGGGCACGAGGUUUACGUUGACAAGGCCGCCGAUUGUUUGAAUGCAGUCCGUGAGUUUUUCCUCGAAGUCGAGCAACGCUCUACUCUGGGCGUACAGUGA